GAGCUUUGCAUUUUGAUUAAAGCCCUCAAACCUUCUUCAGUCUAUAGGCAGGGGACUGGGGAGGCACACAUCUCAGCUGGGCAAAAGAGAAGAAAAACCCACCAGACCCCCCCCUCUCCCCCAGCCAGACUUUGGGUUUCUUCCUCCUUAUGGCUGUGUAGUGAUUCACCUCCUGGACUAUUGGAAGGAGUUGGUGCUGUAGAUUGAAUCCUGAGGUUCCUUAUCUUCUGGGGGGUUCCCAGUUCUUGGAGUUGGAGAUGUGGAGCACAAGGUGGAAAACGAAAAGGAGAUUUUGGGAUUCGUCCCUCAGCUCCCUCAUUCUCAUCACUUUGAUUUUCAUUAUCCAUGCUGCAGAGGUCAGAGGAGCUGGACCAGUUGAUGUACUCAGAGCAUUAGAAUUUCACAGAUCACCAGAAGGUGUGUCAAGAACAGCAGGGUUUUGCACAAACAGGAGGGCAUCCAAAGGAUCAGACACAGCAUACAAAAUUCAGAAAAAUGCCCAGCUUAGUGCCCCUACCAAGCAACUAUUCCCAGGGGGAACAUUCCCUAAAGAUUUCUCUAUCCUGCUGACAGUCAAGCCAAAAAAGGGCAUACAGACAUUUAUCUUGUCAAUGUACAGUGAACAAGGAAUACAGCAGUUGGGAGUAGAGGUUGGCAGGUCACCCGUCUUCCUUUAUGAAGAUCAGAAUUUAAAGCCUACCCCUGAAGAAUACCCAAUUUUUAGCACUGUCAACAUUGCAGACGGCAAGUGGCACCGGAUUGCGAUCAGCGUGGAAAAGAAGACGGUCACAAUGAUCGUGGACUGCAAGAAGAAGACCACAAAACCCCUACCCAGAAGUGACAAACCUAUUCUAGAUGCCACUGGCAUUACUGUAUUUGGAACUCGCAUUCUAGAUGAGGAGGUGUUUGAGGGUGACAUCCAGCAGCUACUAAUAAGUGAUGACCCCAAAGCUGCCUAUGACUACUGUGAACAUUACAUGCCAGACUGUGACACCCCAACUCCCAACAUGCCUCAAGCUCAAGAACCACAAGUGGAUGAGAAGAAGAAAGCCAGUCCUAAAUCGAAGAAGAAGCCAGUACCCCCUAAAUCAAAGAAAAAAAACCAAAAGGUCACGCCCAAAAAAUCAUUUCCAUCUAAGAAGAAGAACGGCAGGACGGAUUACCAGCCGUCAACAAGAAAAAGAAUAGGGGUAAAGGGCAAUAUAGUUGAUUACAAUCCUGACCAAUACAGCGAAGGAGACUAUGGCUUUCAAACUGAUACUCCUCGGAUUACCACUGGACCCAACGAGCAAACACCUGUGGAGGAGGCCAUUGUGGAUGAGACCAUUGUGGAUGAGGCCAUUGUGGAUGAGGCCAUUGUGGAUGAGGCCGUUGUGGAGGAGUCCUUUGACAAGGAGUCCUUUUUGGAGGAACCAUUUGUGGAAGAGUACUUAACAGGAGAGGAUUAUGAUUCAGAGACAAAGCUGGUUGAGGAAGCAGACUAUGGGGUGAAAAUUGUAGAUCCCACACCGACUUUGCCAGUGAUAGGAGGAGAUUUAGGAGAAUAUGAUAAUUAUGAAUAUAAAGAAUAUGAAGAUAAACCAACCAACACCAAAAGAGAUGAGUUUGGACCAGGGGUACCUGCUGAGACUGAUAUCACAGAGACCAGUGUGAAUAGCUAUGGAGUGUAUGGUGAGAAAGGUCAAAAGGGCGAACCAGCUGUGAUUGAGCCGGGUAUGCUGAUUGAAGGACCACCUGGAUUGGAAGGACCUGCUGGUCUUACUGGUCCGCCUGGCCUGCAAGGACCUCCCGGUACCUCUGGAGACCCUGGUGAGAGAGGACCUCCUGGUCGGGCUGGCUUGCCUGGUGCUGAUGGAUUACCAGGGCCCCCUGGCACCAUGCUCAUGUUACCGUUCCGAUAUGGAGGUGAUGGAGAGAAAGGACCAACAAUUUCAGCACAAGAGGCACAGGCUCAAGCCAUUCUACAGCAGGCUAGGAUUGCAAUGCGUGGUCCCCCAGGUCCUAUGGGUCUAACUGGAAGAUCUGGUCCUGUGGGAACACCUGGUGCACCGGGAAUUAAAGGAGAACCAGGCGACUCAGGUCCUCAGGGUCCAAGAGGAAUACAAGGAUCCCCAGGGUCUAUGGGAAAAGCUGGCAAAAGGGGACGCCCUGGAGCUGAUGGUGCCCGUGGAAUGCCAGGUGAACCUGGGUCCAAGGGCGAUAGAGGGUUUGAUGGCCUUCCAGGUCUGCCUGGUGAGAAGGGGCACAGGGGUGACAAAGGACCACAGGGUCCACCCGGACCUCCUGGCGAAGAUGGAGAGAGGGGAGAAGAUGGAGAGGUUGGACCCAGAGGGUUGCCCGGUGAACCAGGUGAACGAGGAUUGUUGGGACCAAGAGGACCCCCUGGACCACCCGGACAGCAUGGUGUUGCAGGUGUUGAUGGACCCCCAGGCCCUAAAGGAAAUCUGGGCCCACAAGGAGAGCCAGGUCCAGCUGGUCAACAAGGAAUUCCUGGUCCUCAAGGUCUCCCUGGCCCACAAGGCCCCAUUGGUCCCCCUGGUGAGAAGGGUCCACAAGGAAAACCUGGUCUGCCCGGCCUACCUGGAUCUGAUGGACCUCCAGGGCAUCCUGGUAAAGAAGGACCAGCAGGAGAAAAGGGAGCAGUGGGUCCCACUGGUCCUCAAGGUCCCAUUGGCUACCCUGGUCCUCGUGGUGUUAAGGGAGCUGAUGGUGUUCGAGGUUUGAAGGGAGGAAAAGGAGAAAAGGGGGAGGAUGGCUUCCCUGGAUUUAAAGGUGACAUGGGACUGAAAGGAGACAGGGGAGAGGUUGGACCCUUAGGUCCAAGAGGAGAAGAUGGUCCUGAAGGCCCUAAAGGAAGAUCUGGUCCAUCAGGAGAUUCUGGACCAACUGGUUUAGCCGGUGAAAAGGGUAAACUUGGUGUGCCAGGAUUACCAGGAUAUCCCGGACGACAGGGUCCCAAGGGUUCCACAGGUUUUCCAGGAUUUCCAGGAGCCAAUGGAGAGAAAGGAGCUCGGGGUGUAGCUGGCAAACCAGGUCCAAGGGGACAACGAGGUCCAACGGGUCCACGUGGAGCUAGAGGUCCAAGAGGUCCUACUGGAAAACCAGGUCCUAAGGGCACGGCUGGAAAUGAUGGCCCUCCCGGCCCACCUGGUGAAAGAGGACCUCAAGGACCACAGGGCCCAGUUGGGUUCUCAGGACCAAAGGGUCCCCCUGGACCACCUGGAAAGGAUGGAUUGCCUGGCCACCCUGGACAACGUGGAGAAACAGGAUUCCAAGGCAAAACUGGACCCCCAGGUCCUGGAGGUGUGGUUGGUCCUCAGGGUCCUACUGGAGAGACUGGUCCUAUUGGAGAAAGAGGUCAUCCAGGACCCCCAGGUCCACCUGGAGAGCAAGGAUUGCCUGGAUCAGCUGGAAAAGAGGGUGCAAAGGGAGAUCCUGGUCCCCAAGGUGUCGCUGGAAAAGAUGGCCCACCAGGUCUUCGUGGAUUUGCUGGAGAAAGAGGUCUACCUGGAGCUCAGGGAGCAGCCGGCUUAAAGGGUGGAGAAGGUCCUCAAGGUCCACCUGGUCCAAUCGGAUCUGCAGGAGAAAGAGGUGCAGCAGGCACUGCUGGUCCCAUUGGAUUACCAGGAAGACCAGGUCCACAAGGCCCACCAGGACCUGCUGGAGAGAAGGGAGCACCGGGUGAAAAAGGACCUCAGGGACCAGCUGGACGUGAUGGUGUUCAAGGACCAGUUGGACUUCCAGGGCCUGCAGGUCCUCAGGGUCCACCAGGUGAAGAUGGUGACAAGGGUGAAAUCGGAGAGCCUGGUCAGAAGGGAGGAAAAGGAGAUAAGGGAGAACAGGGUCCACCAGGACCAGGAGGUCUGCAGGGUCCAGUUGGAGCACCGGGUCCAGCAGGUUCAGAUGGAGAGCCUGGUCCAAGAGGUCAGCAAGGCAUGUUUGGACAGAAGGGUGAUGAAGGACCUCGUGGUUUCCCCGGUCCUCCUGGUCCAAUUGGUCUCCAAGGGCUUCCUGGACCACCAGGUGAAAAAGGAGAGAAUGGUGACGUUGGUCCUAUGGGUCCACCUGGUCCUCCUGGCCCAAGAGGUCCUCAAGGUCCUAACGGAGCAGAUGGUCCUCAAGGUCCUCCGGGUUCUAUUGGAUCACCUGGUGGUGUUGGUGAGAAGGGAGAACCAGGAGAGGCUGGAAACCCAGGUCCCCCUGGAGAAGUUGGUGUUGGCGGACCUAAAGGUGAGAGGGGGGAGAAAGGAGAGGCUGGACCCCCAGGAUCUGCAGGACCUGCUGGACCUAAAGGUCCUCCAGGAGAUGAUGGUCCUAAAGGAAACCCCGGACCCGUUGGAUUCCCAGGAGAUCCUGGACCACCUGGUGAACCUGGUCCAAGUGGUCAGGAUGGGAGCUCUGGGGAUAAAGGUGAAGAUGGUGAACCCGGACAGCCUGGUCCACCUGGUCCCUCAGGAGAAGCUGGACCCCCAGGCCCACCUGGAAAGAGGGGUCCCCCUGGAGCUGCUGGAGCAGAAGGAAGGCAAGGAGAAAAAGGUGCAAAGGGUGAAUCUGGAUCAGAAGGUGCACCAGGGAAGACAGGUCCUGUUGGUGCACAGGGCCCUUCAGGAAAACCAGGACCUGAAGGUCUCAGAGGAAUUCCAGGACCUGUGGGAGAACAAGGUCUUCCGGGCGCUUCUGGACAAGAUGGACCACCAGGGCCAAUGGGACCCCCUGGCUUGCCAGGUCUGAAGGGAGAUCCCGGCACGAAGGGUGAAAAGGGACAUCCAGGUUUGAUUGGUCUAAUUGGUCCCCCUGGAGAGCAGGGUGAGAAGGGAGACAGAGGACUUCCUGGCCCACAAGGAACUCUUGGAGCUAAGGGCGAUGUUGGUAUCAAUGGUCCUGCUGGUCCAUCAGGUCCCCUUGGACCACCUGGAUUACCUGGUCCACAAGGUCCUAAAGGUUCUAAGGGAUCAAGUGGUCCUUCUGGUCAGAAGGGAGACGGAGGUAUGCCUGGACCUCCCGGGCCCCCUGGUCCUCCUGGAGAAGUCAUUCAGCCACUACCCAUUCAGUCACCAAAGAAGACCCGAAGAUCCUCAGAUGAUAUGAUGGCAGAUGCCGGUGACAACAUACUAGAGUACGCAGAUGGGAUGGAAGAGAUCUUUGGUUCACUCAACUCCCUCAAGCAGGACAUUGAGCGUAUGAAAUAUCCCAUGGGAACUCAGAACAACCCAGCUAGGACAUGUAAAGACCUUCAACUCUGCCACCCUGAAUUCCCUGAUGGUGAAUAUUGGAUUGAUCCAAACCAAGGCUGCUCCGGAGAUUCGUUCAAAGUGUUCUGUAAUUUCACAGCUGGAGGGGAAACCUGUAUUUAUGCAGACAAGAAAUCUGAAGGAGUACGGAUAUCCUCCUGGCCUAAAGAAACACCUGGAUCCUGGUUCAGUGAAUUCAAGAGAGGAAAGUUGCUUUCCUAUGUGGACAUUGAAGGUAACAGCAUCAAUCAGGUACAAAUGACCUUCUUGAAACUGCUUAGUGCAUCGGCCCGACAAAACUUCACAUACAGCUGUCAUCAGUCAGUGGCUUGGCAUGAUGUUGUGACAGACAGCUAUGACAAGGCGCUGAGGUUCCUUGGAUCCAACGAUGAAGAAAUUUCCUACGACAAUAGUCCCUACAUAAGAGCAAUUCAUGAUGGCUGUGCGCUAAGAAAAGGAUAUGGAAGAACAGUUCUUGAAAUAAACACCCUGAAGAUAGACCAGCUGCCUAUUGCAGAUGUAAUGUUCAGUGACUUUGGGGAUCAGAACCAAAAGUUUGGAUUUGAGGUUGGGCCAGCCUGCUUCUUAGGUUGAGACCAAAACGCGGACAAGCAGCUUAAUCUAAUUAAAAAAAUUAAAAUAUGUAAAAAAAAUUAUGUUUUUUUCAACAAAAAAAAAAAGAAAGCGUCAGGCUUGAUGGGAUACUACCGAAGACGUGGUCACCACAUGCAAGUUUUGAAUACGGAUGGUGCAGAGGGGAAGAAAAUGAUUAGAGAAUUACCUAGGCAGAAUCACAUGACUUAAACUGAAAGAGCGUUUGCCAACAUAUGAAGGACUAAUAUGCAAUACUCGAGGGCCAGCCAUGGCUUCCUGCCAUGUGAAACUUAUGGUGCUGAAAAAAUAUCUUAAAGAAGCUUUGUCCAUAACAGGUGCUAUACAUUUCUUGUAAAUGGGUCGACCAAAUAUAUCACGUCAUAUUUUUUUUUUUCUUCGUACCUAGUUCAAGGCUUGCAUGUCCUUUUCCAAAACUUGCAUGUGACUGUGGUUUGAGCCUUGUUCAUUAGGAGCAAAGAAACAUAAUAGGUUCUCCACCGUGUCAAACAAAUACAGUGUCUGUAUUGUGCAAAAUAAUGUAAAACCAGUGGACCACAACCCAUAUUUUCUCACUCGAAAUAAAGUCCCUUUGUAUAUA